AGGUGCGUAAUGACGUCACAGCCCUGCGGCGUAUUUCCAUUAUUGUAUGACCUGAAGAUGAUACCAAACAUCCAAACACAAGUUUAUCAUAAUUCAGAGUGACAGCUGGACUCAGCCAGUCUUCUAGCAUGGCACAUGGAACGGGGUUGGUCCAUCGGGGGACGUGGCGUCAAGAAAGAGACCGUUUUAAAGGCUCACAGUCCCAGAGCUAAGUUUACCCCUGCCAGAGAAACACGCACUACCAGGACUGUGUCGGAAUCACUGCCAGUUCCUCUACUUAAACGGCUGCCCGUCUGUCUGACCUGAACUUUACUCAUUAGUUCACUUCUUGUCAUAUAGUCUUUUUUUGGGGGUGGGAAAGGACAAACAUUCACCAUGCAGUCCUGUGCCCGGUGUGGGUUUGUGGUCUACCCGGCCGAGAAGAUCAACUGCAUCGACCAGAACUGGCAUAAAGGAUGUUUUCACUGUGACGUCUGUAAGAUGGUGCUUACUGCCAAAAACUUUGUCAGCCACAUGAAGAGGCCAUACUGCUCUGUACACAAUCCGAGGAACAACACAUUCACGAGCGUCUAUGAGACGCCAAUCAACAUCAACGCGAAGAAGCAAAGCAAGGCCAGCAGCGAGCUGAAGUAUCGCGAGGACGGCGAGCGCUUUAUGUCCACCUUCCACCAUGACAUGAGUUCCGUGGAGCUGGAGAAAGCUCGCCUGGCCGGCCAGAUGUCCAGCCAGGCCUUUCAGUCUCAGUCUGAGUUCUCACAGCAGCAGACGUGGUACUCGGGGACGGUGACCAACCAGGAGGUAGUCACCAUGUCUCAGGCCCAGAAGACCCUCAAUGAUGUGGAGUUCAUGGAAGAAUACGAGGAGUCAAAGGGCAAAGGAAGCUUCCCUGCCAUGAUAACUCCAGGUUACCAGGCUGCUAAAACAGCCAACACUUUGGCCAGCAACCUGGAAUAUAAAAAGGGACACGAGGAGAGAGUUUCGAAAUACACCACGUUUGUCGACCCGCCGGAGGUGCUUCUUGCCAAGAAACAAGGACAAAUUGUCAGCGAUUAUGCCUACACGGAAGAAUAUGAGCAGCAGCGAGGUAAAGGUAGCUUCCCUGCACACCUCACACCUGGAUACAAGAUGUCAAAGAAGGCCAGUGAGCAGGCCAGUGAUAUUAAGUAUCGUCAGUUGUAUGAACAGGAGAUUAAGGGCAAAGCCAGCGCAGAGGCAGCGGUGGCUGGAGCAGUUCACGCCAGAGAAAACACAGAGAACUUCAGCCAGAUGGCUUAUACCGAGCAGUAUGAGCAGCAACGAGGCAAAGGAAGUUUCCCUGCCAUGAUCACUCCUGGUUAUCAUCUCGCCAAAAAGGCUCAGGAAAAUGCCAGCAAUCUGAAAUACCGCAAGGACUUAAGCAAGAUGAAGGGCAGCUCGCACUUCCACAGCCUGACGUCUGAGGACAACCUCGCCCUAAAGAACGCCCGCAAGAUCAACAAGAUUGUCAGCGAGGUGGAGUAUAAGAAGGACUUGGAGAACACCAAAGGUCACAGCAUCAAUUUCUGCGAGACGCCACAGUUUCAGAAUUCAGCCAAAAUCGCCAAGUUCACAAGUGAUAACAAGUACAAAGAGAAGUACACCAGUGACAUGAAGGGCCACUAUGAAGACUCGGGAAUCGACAAGAGGACCAUGCAUGCCAUGAAAGCAAGGAAACUGGCUAGUGACAUUUCGUAUAAACAAAGCUGUGAACAGGAGCAGGGUGAAUACAACUACCCAGCCACACUCACACCAGGCUACCAAAGCCAAAGGAAACUGGACCCACUGAAAGACAAGAACUACAGGCAGCACAUCGACCAGGUCAAGUACAGCCAAACAACGGACACGCCUGAGAUUGUCUUAGCACGGAAAAACGCAGAGCUGGUCAGCAAUCUGAACUACAAAAAAGGCUAUGAAAAGACCAAACAUCAGUACACGCUAUCCCAGGACCUUCCCCAAAUCAAAGCGGCCAAAGCCAACGCCGCCUUGUGCAGUGACAUUAAAUACAAGGAGGAAUGGGAGAAGAACAAGUCCAAGGCCUGCGACAUCGGCGUGGACGGCCUGAGCGUCCGAGCGGCGAAGGCCUCCCGUGACCUCGCCAGCGACAUUAAAUACAAAGAGACCUACAGGAAUAACAAGGAGAGGGCGGCGGGGGUCAACAUGAGCGACUCCAGGACUCUGCACCAUCUGCAAGCUGCCAAGAUGAACAGCAACAUCGAGUACAAGAGGGGCUCCAAGGAGAGCCAGUCCCAGUUCAGCCUCCCCCUGGACAUGAUCAACCUGAGCCACGCCAAAAAGGCCCAGGCCCUCGCCAGUGACCUGGAGUAUCGCACCAAGCUGCACGAGUACACCGUCAUGCCGGACGACAUCAAGGUGCAGCAGGCCAAAAAGGCCUAUUCCCUGCAGAGCGAGAACCAGUAUCGGUCCGACCUGAACUGGAUGAAGGGAGUCGGCUGGGACUCCGAAGGGUCUCUGAACGUCACCCAGGCCAAGAAAGCCGGAGAGCUGCUCAGCGACAUCAAAUACCGGCAGAAGGCGGACAGCAUCGGGUUCACCCACGUGGCGAAUGAUCUCUCCAUCGCGCACGCCAAAAAGAGCCAGGAGCUGCAGAGCGACCUGGCGUACAAGGCAGACACGGAGCAGACGUUACACCAGUACACCAUGACGAAAGACGAGCCCCUCUUCAAACAAGCAAAGGCCAACGCUAACCUUCUAAGUGGGAAAGUGUACAAGAGCCAGUGGGAGAAGCAGAGGGAAAAGGGCUUUGAGCUGCGUUUGGACUCUCUCUCCAUACUCACCGCUAAAGCCAAAACAGAUCUGGCCAGUACCGUCAAAUACAAGGCGAAGCAUGAGAAAAAUAAAGGCAAAGUGAUCGGCAUCAAGUCCGUGAGCGACGACUCUCAGAUGGCGCACUCUGCCCUGGCCACCAAACUACAGAGUAACCGCCAGUACAAGAAGGACUAUGAGGACACCAAGAACAAAAACAGCGUUCAUCUGGACAUGCUGAACAUCAGCCACGCGAAGAAAGCUCAAGACCUGGCCACCGAGACCAACUACAGGACCUCCCUCCACGAGUACACGACUCUGCCCACUGACAUCAACGUCGCCUGGGCGAAGAAGGCCUACGGCCUGCAGAGCGACAAUCAGUACAGGUCGGAUCUGAACUGGAUGAAGGGUGUCGGCUGGGAGGCGUCCAAAUCUCUGGACGUCCAGCAGGCAAAGAAAGCCGGGGAGCUGAUCAGCGAGAAAAAGUACCGCCAGGGUGUGAGUGGUUUGAAGUAUACCAGUGUUGAGAACACUCCCGAGAUGGUCCAAGCCAAACUGAGCAACAAACUGGCUGUUGAUAGGUUGUACAGGGAAAAGGGGGAAAACAUGAAGCACAACUACACCCUCAGCGGAGAGCUGCCUGAGAUGGUUCAGGCCAAGCUCAACGCCAUGAACAUCAGCGAGAGCUGCUACAAGGAGUCCUGGACGAAGAUACGCGAUGGUGGUUACAAGUUGAGUCUGGACGCCAUACCUUUCCAGUCCGCCAAAGCGUCUGCAGAGAUCCUCAGUGAUCAAAAGUACAAAGAAGAAUUUGAGAAGACCAAAGGGAAGACGAUCGGACUGAAGGGACUGCAGGAUGACAUCAACAUCGCUCACUCGGUCAAUGCCAGCAAGCUCCAGAGUGAUCUUAAGUACAGGCAGGACUCAAAGGAGCUCUCAAAGUUCCACCUGCCCAUGGACAUGCUGGAGGUGUCCCACGCUAAAAUGGCCCAGUCGCUGGUCAGUGAUCAGGACUACCGGCUCACCCUGCAUCACUACACCACGCUGCCGGACGACAUGAAGGUGCAGGCGGCCAAGAAGGCGUACGCCCUGCAGAGCGAGAAAGUGUAUCGCUCUGACCUGAACUACCUGCGCGGCGCAGCCUGGAUCGGCACCGGGGCUCUGCAGUUUGAAGGCUCCAAGAGGGCCACGGACCUCAUUAGUGAUAAAAACUACCGUCAGCAGCCGUACACCUUCAAGCACACGUCUGUAGCGGACUCUCCUGACAUAGUCCACGCCAAACUCAGCGGGCAGAUCACAAACGAGCGUUUGUACAAAGAGAAAGGGGUGAAUGACCGGCAUAACUACACUACAACGGCCGAGAGGCCGGAGAUGAUGCAAGCCAAGAUUAAUGCGGCCAACUUCAGUGAGCUCAAGUACAAAGAGUCCUGGCACACCUUGAGGGCCCAAGGCUACAAACUCACCAUGCAGGACAUCCCCUUCCAAGCUGCCAAGAGCUCCACAGGCAUCGCCAGUGAUAACAAGUACAAACACGACCACCUGCUGGAAAAGGGCAAGCACAUCGGGAUCAAAAGCGUCCUGGACGACCCGGGCCUGCUGCACUGCCAGCAGGCGGGCCGGCUGGCCAGCAACCGGGAGUACCGCAAGGACGCGCUGACGGCCAGCGGGCAGUUCCACCUCACGCGGGACAUGAUGCACCUGGUGACGGCGAAGAACGCGCAGGCCCUCGCCAGCGAGCAGGACUACAGGAAGAGACUGCACGAGUACACGGUGCUCCCCGACGACAUGAAGGUCAAGUGGGCCAAGACGGCGUACGACCAGCAGAGUGAGAAACUCUACAAGUCCGACCUGAAUUACAUGAAAGGAGUGGCCUGGGACGGCGUGGGCGCGCCGCAGAUGGAGUCGGCCAAGAAGGCCGGAGAACUUAUAAGCGAUAAAAAGUAUCGUCAGCUGCCGGACAGCCUAAAGUUCACCUCCGUGACCGACUCUCCGGAUAUUGUCCACGCUAAGACGAGCUAUCAACAGUGCAGCGAGAGGCUGUACAAAUCCGGAAAGAAUGAUGACAUGCACAAGUACACUUUGCAUCCAGAUGAUCCCGAUUUUGUGAGAGCCAAGAUGAAUGCCCUGCAGAUCAGUGACAAAGUUUACAGGGCAUCUGGAGAGCAGGUGAAGACCUCGGGCUUUGACCUGAGGCUGGAUGCUAUUCCCUUCCAAACGGCCAAGGCCUCCAGAGAAAUUGCCAGUGACGUACGCUACAGGGAGUCUCACCUGAAGGAGAAGGGCCAGCAGGUGGGGCUGCGCUGUGUGGAGGACGACCCGAAGAUGGUGCACUCCCUGGCAGCCAGCAAGCUCCAGAGCAACCUGGAGUACAAGCGGCAGUCCAAGGAGGACCGGGGCCACUACAAAAUGCACGCUGACCAGCCAGAGUUCCUGCAGGCCAAAAAGAGUCAAGCUCAGGCCAGCAACCUUACCUACCGCAGCAAGCUCCACGACUACACCUGCGACUCCGAGCAGCUCAACGUCAAGCACGCCAAGCAGGCCUACAAGCUGCAGAGUGAUGUGAACUACAAGUCAGACCUGAACUCCACCAGAGGAGUGGGCUGGACCCCCCCCGGCUCCCACAGGGUGGAACAGGCCCGCCGGGCUGCAGAGCUGGGGCUGGCUGAGGGAGUCACCACUGACCAGGCCAUUGCAAAUUAUCAGCACAUGAUGAUGAUGCAUCACCAGCAGCAGGUGGAGCAGCAGCAGCAGCAGCAGACUUCACAGCAGGUGGAGACCAGCGAGGAGACUAAACAAGCCGUCAACAUGGACGCCGUGGAGGUCCUUCACGUCAAGCGGAAAAAGACCAUCCAGACGGUCCAGAAAAAGUCAACCACCACCACGUCUUCCUCAUAUAAAUCCAUGGAGAAGAAAUCCAGCACCGCCCUCUCAUCGGACGCCUUCCAGUCCACCGUGAAAGCCACCGCGUCCAGUAACGCUGCUGCGAUAAAAGAAGCUUAGAUCAGAUCAGUUUUUAGAGUUUAGAGAUGACGAAUUUCAGAAAGUGGUGUAUUUGUGGUAUCUACUUUGACUAAACGACUGUUGUACUGCAGUUGCAUGACGCGCCACAUCGAUACCGAAGGUGCAGCUAUGAACUGUAAAAGGAAAGGAAAGUGAUUUCUAAGGGUAUUACGUAGGUCAAAUCGGGUCAGGACUUGUCAAGUUAGGCAAAAGCAUUGUAAAAGUUGGUGUGAAGGGAAAAAGAAAUGCAUUUUUUUUUGUUGAUAUUUUUAUCAAAGCUUGAAGGGGUUAAAGGUCUCGUGCCUUUGUGAUCAAAAGAGCCACGUUCAACACCAAGGGAAAGUUAGGACGGUUGUUUCAGGUCAAAAGUGAUACUGUGUGAAAUAGGAAGGUUUGAAUUCAGGUUUUUAGAAGAUAUGUAGCUGGUCUAGUUGUAUGGCCAAUUCAUUUUUCAUCUUUUUUUAAAAUCUUUAGAGAUGUCUAAGGCAGAAACCUUAGUCUCAGCCGAGCAAAACACUUUGUCACAAGGUUGACUUAGCUAGUGCACUUUGAGCCAGGCUCAGUGAGAGAGAAGUAAAGGCCUCCUGAAGUGAUGUGUGAUCUACAGUUUGUCUGGCAGGUUCAGCUUUUUGAGGUUGUGUCAUUGCCCCUUUUUAACUCAAAGCUGUGCUGGGAGUAAAAACGUGCUUGUUUUAAAAAAAUAAAAUAAAAUAAAACUUUUUAAAGCCAACUGAACUUUAGUCUGUUUUUUUGUCCCCAAAAUGAGCAAAAUAUUUCCCUUCCAACUCUUUUCUUUCAAUCACUCAAUUAGUUUAUUCAGUGCACCUGCCAGUCACAUCACGCUGAUGUUGAUUCUGUACACAUGACAUCCAUUGCAGUCUGUCCAUCCCGGGAGAGGGAUCCCUCCUCUGACGUUCUCCCUAAGGUUUCUUCCCCUUUUUCCCCA